ACUGCACGUUCUGACACUGCGCUCAGGAGUUUGGCACCGAGUCAGCCUGUGCGCAGAGGCAGGGGCUCCGCGGGAGCCUGCUGCAGUCCCCUCCUAUUGGAAGGAGAGCUCCAGACGUUGCCGCGCCCCCUUGUCCAGAACUGGGUUGAUUUCCAGGAACAGAAACUGAAAGCUGCACUGGCCUGGGUCGCUAACCCUGGAGGUCCCUCCAGUGCGCGCAGAGCAGCGAGCGGGAGCAGCCAGCAGGAGCAGCGCUGCAGACCCUGCACGGGAAGGAAAUCCCAAGGAUCGGACUCUGCUUUUCCAGCAAUUCUCCUGGUCUCUCUCGACUCUUCCAGGACAACCGCACCCCCUCCACAACUCUCCACCACCUUCCUGAGCAAACCGGGCUUGCAUUCCGGUUGUGGACAGGUGGUCCCAAAGUGAACCGCCUCUGCCUGGGGGGACAGCGAGCCUUCCCUAGGAAGGGGGUGACGCCGGGAGUCCCCUGUCGUCCGAUUAGGGUCGCCUUCUGCUUCAAAGAAAUGGCUACCCCACUGCUCACAGACAUGGAAGAGUCCCCAGUGUCCCCUCACACUCCGUUAUCUGCAUCCUUCCCCUCUGUUGUGCGGUACCAUUCGGGCUGCAGCGUUCCAGCUGAGGCAGAGGCGUUGAGCAUUGAGAAGGCCUGGGCAGCUGGGAAGUGGCCAGAGGUGAUCUCUGUGGUCAGGGAGACUGUGAAGACAGUGUCCUGCACACCUGUGAACAUCGCAGUCACGGGGGACUCUGGCAAUGGCAUGUCCUCCUUCAUCAACGCACUGCGGGGCAUCGGGCACGAGGAGGAGGCCUCAGCUCCCACUGGGGUGGUGAGAACCACCCUCACUCGUGCCUCCUACUCAUCCUCCCAUUUUCCAAAUGUGCUGCUGUGGGACCUGCCCGGCACAGGGGCUACCACCCAAAGCUUGGAGAAUUAUCAGCAGGAAAUGCAGUUCAGCCUGUAUGAUCUCUUCAUCGUUAUCACAUCUGAAGAGUUCAGCAUGAAUCACAUCAGGCUUGCCAAGGCCAUUGAGUGCAUGGGAAAGAAGUUCUAUGUGGUGUGGACCAAGCUGGACAGGGACCUCAAUACGAGUGCCCCCAGGGAGGGAGAGCUCCAGCAGAAUAUCCGAGGACAUAUCCUGGAAAAUCUCCAGAAGGAGCGGGUGUGCGAACCCCCCAUAUUCCUGGUUUCCAGCCUUGAGCCUUCAUUGCACGACUUCCCACAACUUACGGAAACAUUGCAGAAGGACGUCUCCCACAUCAGGUGUGAUGGCCCACUACAGAACCUGUUCCAUGUCUGUGAGAAGAUCAUUAAUGACAAAAUGACCUCCCUGCAGGAGAAAGUAGGCACACAGUCUUUCCAGGACACCCUUGGCAUCAGGAAUGCAGAUGAUUUGGAGGAGUGUCUGAAAGCCUGUCACUGGCACUUCGGUGUGGAUGAUGAAUCUCUCCAGCAGUUGGCGAUGAGAAUGGGGAGAGCUGUUGUAGAGUACAAGGCCAUCAUGAAGUCCCAGGAUCUGCAGAUUCUCAGCAAAGGGGACUGGAAACUAACUUGCAUGAGUUGGGCAUUCGUUCAGGCAUUCCUCAGCUUUCUUAGCUCCAUUCCACUUUUGGGUGACCCUGUCAUCCGCUAUUUCAGACGAAUUAAACACAAACGCUUCAUUGCUGUAGUUGCCGAGGACACCAGGACCAUCCUGAAGCAAGUCCUGGAAGAUUCCAUCAUCUGAGGAGGAACAUGUCAGCAGGUGGCUUCUUGGUGGAAGUCAGGUCCUCUGAGGUCCUCUUGUGAGCACCGUGUUCCUUCUGCCCUCUCAGUCAGAGAGAUCCACACUUCUACUGCCACGUGUUCUAACUUCCUUGAGAUUGAUGGUUAAUGACUUGCUCAUUUUGUUCCCACCUCACCAAGCACCAUAGUUUCUUUUCUUAGCAUUUAUUUGAUUUUACUAACUAAAUUAGCCAGGAUCCAAAUAUGGGAUGAAAGAUGUUUUUGUUUUUACAGUGGACAUAUAUCCUAGUGCUGUCAUGCACUUAUUAUUUAAGGAGGACAUCAUUCCUCUUCAUUUGAGGACCCUUGGUUUCCCCCUUAGUCCUUCGCCUUUCAUGUCUGAUUCCCAUUUCCUGGGCCUCCAGAGACACUUUUGGUGUCAGGGGCAGAACACCGUGUGGGGAAGGCUGUAUGGGGAGUGUGUCUGUAGCUGUUCUUUGAGAAGCAUUGUGUGAUGCUGUCAGGGUACCAAGUCCGAUCUGGCUGCCUGUAAAGUCCUGUCCUUAUCCUCUCCUCAGCAGAUGCCAGAAACCAUCUGUAUCCAAACAAGGACAUGGCAGAUGGGCUCAUUCUUAUAGGUAGUAGCCAGUUAUUGCAAAGAAGAGCAAAGCUCACUAUUCCUGCCCUUUGUACCAAACAGUGGCCCACCAGAGUUGAUUCCAGCCCUGUCUCCUUCCAUACACACCUUCAUGGUGGACCUGGAUUUCUCACAGGAACCCCCAACUUGGGUGGUCCAAACCUUCCCUAGGCACCCCAUUCCAUGCUCUGUGCCCCGUAUAUAUAUACACACACUAACUCUUCUAUGUUUUAAAGAGCUUUCCUCUUCUCUCUUCUCUCUCAGUUCAUUCAUCUACCCAGUUAUCUAAGAGGAAAAGUUGGGUGUUCUCCUAGGGUGUCCUUUAGCCUCAUUCCCACAUGCAAUAGAUGGCCAAGUGCUGGCAAUUCAACCUCCUUAACAUAUUGCAGAUUCACCUCCCCCCCCCUCACUACUUCUCAGCUGAACCCUGGACUCACUUCUUGCUUCCAAGCUCACAAAUCUCCUUCUCUACUCCAACAUCACCUCCUGUCUAUCCAGGUUUCACACUGUUACUUCCAGCAGUAGCACACGACUUGCAGUUUACUUAUAUAAACAAGACUCUUUUAUGCUUUUGGAUCCUUGUUCAAAAUCCUCUCCCUUACUCAUCUGUGUAGCCCCAGCACCUGGCAGAGUGCCCAGGGCAGAAUAAGCUCCAGGUAAAUGUUUCUCAGAUGCUCCCAACCAUUCUGCCUGCACUGAGGAAGAUGGAGCAAAAGCUGGAUGGCAGUACUUCUACAUCUAUAUUUGGUAAGAAAUUAAAAACGAGAACCUUCCCAGGAGAACUGCAGUUAGGAGGAUCAUGUAUAGGAGUUACAUUGUGGAGUUAUGUUGGUUAAUAACGGGAGAGAGAGACCCCAAGUCAAAUGGUAUUUUUGAGGAAAAACAUGCAAGAUUGAAAAUCACUGCUCACACGUGCUUAAAACUUCACGGUACAGACUCAGGUUCUAUUUUAAUGCAGUACUGAAGAUUAAGUUAGGAAGAACCUGUAUAUUCUGGCCCUAGAAAACAGUUGAGUAAGGAUUCCCAGCUGAGGUGGAGCUCAGGUGUGCAAAGCUCUGCUUUAAGUAUCGAUUUAUAGUGGCUCUUUCUCUUGUAGAGAUAAUUACUGCUCCUAAUAAAAGUUUACAAGAAAAGGACAGGGAAGAUUUUGUCAUCUACACCUUAUCUUACCAAGGCAUUUCUAAGUCAUCUCUCAACUCUAUAACCUGUAAUCUUGUUUAGUCACACUUGUAGUAAGUAGUACUCCUUUGAUUAUGUUUGUUAAGAAAAGUGUGUUUAUUCACUUAAAAUUUUCUGCCAUGUGUGUUGUAGGAAAUUCAAUUUGAUCACUGGCAUCGAGGAAAUCAGCCCACUGUCUAUAAGAUCACUGCUGUAUAGUUAACCCAACCCGUAUGAACUCUAUGCAAUUUCUCCUGCUUAUCAGAAAUCAUCUGACUAUGUAUCUAGACAGUCUCCUUACUGGAGACACAUAUGAAAAAUAAAAAUGGUUUUCAUGGCAUA